AAUAAAAAUUAUAAUACACCUAUAGUUGUUACUAUUGAAAUUGUAUUGUCAGUACAGAACUUCUAUUGCUGUUGCAAUUAUAAUCAACAUUAUAAUGAGUUUCUAUGUUUGUUGUUGUGUAACAUUAUGUUUGAUGUGUGUACAAAUUGCGUCCAGCCGCUACUGUAAUUGUUACUCAAAAGAAGCCAAAGAAAGAGAAGAUUAUCCCAUAUCAAAUUAUAUUGUGGGUUUAGCAGAAAAUGAAUUUAGAACUGAUGAUGAAGCAUUGAGAUUUGACGUAAUAAAAGAAGUUAUAGAUAGGAAGCAUAUGGAUUCUAGUCUUUUUGAUAUCGUCUUCGAUAACUUUGAUGAUGAAGACGAAUUAUUAAUAAGAGGACUUUUUAAUAAUCAGUAUAAAUUAAUGAAAAAUGAUGAAAAUAUUCUUAAAGCAAAGUUAUCAGAAAAAAGUAAAGAUAAUAAUGAUAACAAUAAUGAUGAUGGCAUCGUCAAAUUACAACAUGCAAAAGAAGCGUUUUUAAGGAGCAAAUUGUUUCGCGGUAAAUUAACUGAGGAGGCCCUAAAUAAAAUAAUCAAUGAAUGUAAAGUUGAGAAUGAUAACAUCAAUUACAAAGACAUGAUAAAAACCAUUACCGACGGCUUUGUAUAUGAAGAAUUAUAUUCAAUUUGGUUAAAAGAAUCAACAGAUAAUACAUUAACAACACCUACACAAAGUUAAUAAUAAUGUAGUUAAACUCAUUAAAAAUUGUUCCAUAAUAUAAAUUAUGGAAACUAUUAAAUUUAUUAUUAAGUGUUUAAAUUUAUUUACAUCAAAUUAUGUUUCAUUUGUAAUAGUAACAUAUCUGUUUUAUUCUGAUGUUUGGCGAUAUGUAUCACAUUUAUUCAAAUAUAAUGACUUUAAUAUAUUUUUUU